AUCGUACACAACCAAAGACAAAGUGAUACGGUACUAAAAACUAAAAUAUAAUUUUAUGAAAACAUAAUAAACACACACAAAAAAGAGAGUAACAAAAUUUUACUAGAAAACGAAUUUUACGUAAAUUUUUCUAACAAACUAAAAGUGAAAAAAAUCAAACUAAAACGUGUCACGUAUUAAGAAUAAAGUGUUUAAGAACUAUUCUAAUUUAAUUAACUACCAAAAAUAUAUAUUUAAAACCAAAUAAAAACAAAAUGUCUUCAACAUCUGCUUCACCCAUCAGCAACAUCACCGUAGAUGAUGAGCUCAAUAUCAGAGAACAAGAUUUCUCCACGGAAUAUAUCAAUAUUAAAGAAGAACGUGAAAGUAGCAUUUCACCCAUAUUGACUCCACCACACACGCCGACGGAUGCUUCUACUACACGUAGAAACAGUACUAGUCUGCCAACACAAAAUUCCCUUUAUGAAUUGGAACAAUUGCGCUCGGUUAAUUCUCAAAUUCAACCCAGAUCUUAUGUUUCCAUCAUGGAACCACAUUUGCAACAUCAGGCUCAUCUUGCUCAGCAACAGCAGCAGCAACAACAACAGCAUCAACAUCGUUUAUGGUUGCAAAUGCAACAACAGCAGCAACAACAACCUCAUGCUUUACCUUAUCCUGCGGCCGCUGCAGCUGGCAAUCAAUUUUUACACGCUGCCGAUCCUUUGGCUGCUCAACAUCAAGCUUUAUUGAUGAAUCAAUGGAUACGCAAUGCAGCACUUUAUCAACAUCAACACCAGCAUCAUCAACAUCAUCACCAUCAUCAUGCUCAUCACAAUCAACAUGCUUUGCAUGCUAUGCGUCCUUAUCCCGCUGCAUUGCAUGGUUUGCAUCCAGCGGCUGCAGCUGCCCGUUUGGGCGCCUGUGCCGGUUUGCCACCCAUGAAACUAGCAGCUGGUGUUGCCACCACCGGCUCCCGACCAAAGAAACAAUUCAUUUGCAAAUAUUGCAAUCGCCAUUUUACCAAAUCCUACAAUCUACUCAUCCAUGAACGCACCCACACCGAUGAACGUCCCUACUCCUGUGAUAUCUGCGGCAAGGCUUUCCGCCGUCAAGAUCAUUUACGUGAUCACCGCUAUAUACACUCCAAGGAGAAACCUUUCAAGUGUGGUGAUUGCGGCAAAGGCUUUUGCCAAUCACGCACUUUGGCUGUACACAAAAUCACCCAUUUGGAAGAAGGACCCCACAAGUGCCCCAUCUGUCAUCGUUCCUUUAAUCAACGUGCCAACCUCAAAGCUCACUUGCAAUCACACAGUGAAGGUCAACUGGCCGCCUCCAGCGAAAAUGUUAAUGAAUCAACACAGGCAUUGAAUACAAGUCAACCUGAAAUGUUGGUCAACAACAAAGAACAAUAUACUCAGCUAACCCAACAGCCACAAACCUCACCCGUGCUCGAUCUAUCAUCAUCCGGUUUAGCGCCAGUAAGCAAACCCAAACGCAGUCUUGGUUUUACUAUUGAUGAGAUUAUGAGCCGUUAAAAUACAUCAUGCUUCUACUACAACAAAGUAGCCAUGGUUUUCAGUUAUUUCCCCCUAACUCAGGCCCCUUUGCCGAUGACGCGGUUAAUAAAAGGCAUUUAUGAAACAUUAUCCAGAAGAUGAUGUUUAGCCAAAACUCAACGUCAACUAAGCAAGAGAGCAAAAGCUUUAAAAGCAUUUUAAUGCUACUCCAAAGAAGAAAAAAACAGUAUACAAGCAAAAGGACAGACAGUUACCUUUGAAAACGGGUCUUAUAUUUUCUACAAUUCUACACAAUUUAUUUAUAAAUUUUAUAUAAAAAAUAUUCUUGUAAAUUAAAAGUGAAGUAAAUUAAAGUGAAGGUCGAUCUCACUAAACAACAAUAGCAACAACUCACGUAAAACACGCACUACGUGUAAGCAAAAAUAAAAAUAUAUAUAAAUUUAAGCAAAAUAUACAAAAGGUUAAAUCGCAAUCAACAUUUUACUUAGCGGUUGGUUAACCCCCUCUGCUACAUGUUUAAACUCAAUCCAAAGAGGAAUAAAGAAACAAAUUAUUCACCAAACAAAUUAUUUAUAUUUUUUUAUUUUAUUUUUAUUUUAUACAUUAAUAGUAUUACUCUGCUCCUUUUAUUAUUGUUACAAAGCAUACAAACAAACUCAACGCUUCGAACUAAGCAUGCAGUUACAGUUAAGCUUAACACCAAAAAACUGGUACCUACCUUUGGUACAAUGUAUUUGUAUGCUUUGCUAUAAACAAAAUACAAAAAAACGUAGUGGUGGUGGAAUGGCAUAAUGGUAUAAAUGGCAUAAAUUAAAACGGUUUUUUUAUUUUUCUAAAAAAAAUAUAUUUAUAUUUAUUUAUAUGCUUUUUAUAUAGCAUGUUCUUCCAGUCAUCGUUAUCAUUAUUUAUUGCUCCCUACAAAACAAAAAAUACAAAAAAAAACAUGUAUAUCAACCUCAACAAAAAGAUAUUUAAAAAAAUAAGCAACAAAAAAACCCAACCAGCAGCACCUUGU